AUGGAUACAGAAGAUACGCCUGUUCCACUCCAGUCUGUUCAUAACGAACUGACUAUUUUACCUUUACCUUUACCUUUAUCCUCAAAUACGUUUAAUAAUAUGUCCAACGCUCAUGAAAAUACUUUCCUUGUCUCUGUGAAAAAAUUUCACGUGAUGACAAAACGCCGAACCGGUUAUAACAAGAUUUACGAAUUUAGACGCUCAAAAAGUUUCUUUUUUGAGCUUGCUGAUCCUUUCUCAGACACCAAUAAUCUUCAUUUAUAUUUACACACCAAUGAUUAUCACAUGGAUUCUACGCCUAUUUCGUACACGUCCACGAGCUAUUUGCCUAACACAAAAUAUCAAAUUAGUAAAAUGCUCACACACUUUUUUACCUUACAAAAAGUUUUACCCCGACGUAUUCAACAAAAGUAUUUUGAUUUGAUUCGCCGGAAAUUACUGGAACGAAUUGACUUUAUCAAGUCACGUGCUUCUAAAAGAACUUUGAAGAACACCAUUACAAAAACUUUCUUCUCAUUUUCUUAUAAGCGUUAUCGCUUCCACUUUGGUAUUUACAUUCCUUGUGAACAUGCUCAUACACCUGGUUUAUUUAAUCUUUCCACCCGAUGUCAUAGCCCGAGCCCUUUCAUCAUGUCUCUAAAUAGACAUGCUUGUGGUACUCACCAAUCUGAAUUUUCGAGAAAAGAAAUCAAUCAUCAUUUGAAACCUGUGCCUGAUUCGGACCCAGGAUUUAUAAAUUCAAAAUCUUCACACGCAGAUCAUGUAUACGAUCUUUGGCAACAUCGAUGGAAAAAUGAUAUGUUUUCCAAUCGUUUAGGUAUUCGAUACAAAGUUGGCCUUGUAGCCAACAGUAGUAAUUUCAUACGCAAACAUUCAGGUGCCUACAUUUAUAGGAAACACCUUUCGGAUUUCGAACUUAACCUUAGCAACAACCCUGCAACAAAGCGUAAACAGGAAACCCGCUUCAAGAGACAUUGUAGGCGGGUCUUUAAAAAUAUUAAUCCUACAUCCCGCACUAUAAAAGAGGAUAAACUUGCUGCAGGAAGACGUUACCGCUUCCUGUUCUAUGAAUCUCAACAUAUCUAUUCACCUAUCCAUCAUUUGAAAUUCAAACGUUUUCCAAAGGAGAAAUUAUUACCUGAUCUCAAUGAUUACACAUUCAAGAUACCUCACCACGCGCUGGAAAAUUCCAGUAUUACACCUAUAGCUCGAUCACAAGCUUCGACCUCAUAUAGGCCUUCUGGUGCUAAUACAAUUCCUCAUUAUUUGAAUGCUGAAGAAAUUGCGGCUCUUGGUACUUUUUUAGAACCGCUUAGACAAACUCCUAUUUACUACGGUCAUAACCCCGUAGAUCCGUCAAAAGUGGACAAUUACGAUUCAUCCGCCGCUAACGCAAUGGGUACUACACUCAAACAUUAUUAUCGUCGAGCAUUGUCGACUCGACAAUUGACGGUCUGGACUGAAGACUAUCAUAUGUACAUGAAACAACCUUCCCCACCUCCAAUGCCUUCCAAAAAGAAACAGCGUAACAAGUGGAAGAAAUGGAUGGAUAAAUAUCAAGAUUACAAUGAUUUUAUAAGUAAACCGUACGCUCCUAGACCUUAUCAGUCAGCCGCUUACCAUAGAGAUCUCUUUGGUUCGCUUUCACAUACCUCAGAUGAUACUAAAUCAGUGGAAUAUCGACCUAACAAGAGGGAUACGGUGUCCUAUCCUUCCGCUUCGUCACAAUCACAUGACCAUAAACGACCAAGACCAGCGAAUAGUUACCUAUCUGACUCCCUAUUUUCUAGUCUUAAUUCUAAUUAA